GCGGGGAGCUGCGGCGGGGCCCUAGACCGCGGGAGUCUCGGGCACUUGCUGGCGUGUGCUGGGGCUCCAGAGGCCGCCGGCGCGUGGACGGCCGGCGUCAGGCCUGAGCGGUGGGAGGGCUCAGCCGGGGCCUGGCCCUCGGGUUUCCCACCGCGAGGGCGGAGCUGCGCUGGAGCCCCCUCACUUGGAGGGCCGAGGGCCCCUGUGGCACGCAGGCCGUUUCUCUGAGGGGAUUGGAAACGUGGCGCGAUGAGGAGCCGGAGUAACUCUGGGGUCCGACUGGAUGGCUACGCUCGGCUGGUGCAUCAGACCAUCCUGUGCCAUCAGAAUCCAGUGACUGGCUUGCUUCCAGCCAGCUAUGAUCAGAAGGAUGCCUGGGUCCGAGAUAAUGUGUACAGUAUCUUGGCUGUGUGGGGUUUGGGCCUGGCCUACAGGAAGAAUGCAGACCGGGAUGAGGAUAAGGCAAAGGCCUAUGAACUGGAGCAGAGUGUAGUGAAGCUGAUGAGGGGCCUGCUGCACUGCAUGAUCAGACAGGUGGAUAAAGUAGAAUCCUUCAAGUAUAGUCAGAGUACCAAGGAUAGCCUCCACGCCAAGUACAAUACCAAAACCUGUGCCACUGUAGUGGGUGAUGACCAGUGGGGACACCUGCAGUUGGAUGCUACCUCCGUGUACCUGCUGUUCUUAGCGCAAAUGACUGCCUCAGGACUUCAUAUCAUCCACAGUCUAGAUGAAGUCAAUUUCAUACAGAACCUUGUGUUUUACAUUGAAGCUGCAUAUAAAACUGCUGACUUUGGGAUAUGGGAACGUGGAGACAAGACCAACCAAGGGAUCUCAGAAUUGAAUGCCAGUUCAGUUGGCAUGGCAAAGGCAGCCCUGGAAGCAUUGGAUGAACUGGACCUGUUUGGUGUGAAAGGUGGGCCCCAAUCAGUUAUCCAUGUCCUGGCUGAUGAAGUACAACACUGCCAGUCUAUCCUUAAUUCGAUACUCCCCCGCGCUUCCACAUCCAAAGAGGUAGAUGCUAGUCUGCUUUCAGUUAUUUCCUUCCCAGCCUUUGCAGUAGAGGAUGGCCAGUUGGUAGAGCUCACAAAGCAAGAAAUCAUCACCAAGCUUCAGGGGCGUUAUGGUUGCUGUCGCUUUCUACGAGAUGGAUAUAAAACUCCUAAAGAGGAUCCCAGUCGCCUAUAUUAUGAACCAUCUGAGCUGAAGUUAUUUGAAAACAUUGAGUGUGAAUGGCCACUGUUCUGGACAUACUUUAUCCUCGAUGGGGUCUUCAGUGGCAAUGCGGAACAGGUUGAAGAAUAUAGAGAGGCUCUUGAAGCAGUCCUCAUCAAGAGCAAAAACGGAGUCCCACUCUUGCCAGAGCUGUACAGUGUUCCUCCAGACAGGGUUGAUGAAGAAUAUCAAAAUCCUCACACUGUGGACCGAGUCCCCAUGGGGAAGUUGCCUCAUAUGUGGGGUCAGUCUCUGUACAUCUUAGGAAGUUUGAUGGCAGAGGGAUUUUUAGCUCCUGGAGAAAUUGAUCCCCUGAAUCGAAGGUUUUCUACAGUACCAAAGCCAGAUGUUGUGGUUCAAGUUUCCAUUCUAGCUGAGACAGAAGAAAUCAAGGCCAUUUUGAAGGACAGGGGAAUCGAUGUGGAGACCAUUGCUGAGGUAUACCCUAUCAGAGUACAACCAGCCCGCAUUCUCAGCCACAUUUAUUCCAGCCUAGGAUGCAACAGUAGAAUGAAACUCAGUGGACGACCCUACAGGCAUAUGGGAGUCCUUGGAACUUCAAAACUCUAUGACAUUCGGAAAACUAUCUUCACCUUCACUCCACAGUUCAUAGACCAGCAACAGUUCUACCUGGCUCUGGACAACAAGAUGAUAGUAGAAAUGCUUAGAACAGACCUCUCCUACCUCUGUAGCCGCUGGAGGAUGACAGGCCAACCCACCAUCACCUUCCCCAUCUCACAUACCAUGCUUGAUGAAGACGGAACCAGCUUGAAUUCAAGUAUCCUAGCAGCACUCCGAAAAAUGCAGGAUGGCUACUUUGGUGGAGCAAGGAUUCAAACAGGUAAAUUGUCGGAGUUUUUGACAACGUCUUGCUGCACACAUUUGAGCUUCAUGGAUCCUCGACCUGAGGGUAAGCUGUACAGUGAAGAUUAUGAUGAUAACUACAAUGAGCUGGAAUCUGGUGACUGGAUGAACGGCUCUGAUUCAACCCGUAAUGCUCGCUGUGGUGAUGAAGUUGCUCGUUAUUUAGAUCACCUUUUGGCACACACUGCUCCCCAUCCUAAACUAGCCCCUACCUCACAGAAGGGAGGGCUAGAUCAGUUCCAAGCUGCUGUGCAAACAACCUGCGAUUUAAUGUCCUUGGUGACCAAGGCCAAGGAGCUGCAUGUACCGAAUAUUCACAUAUAUCUUCCUACAAAGAUAUUUCAGGCUUCCCGACCUUCAUUCAACUUACUUGACUCGCCUCAUUGCCCACGAGAGGACCAGGUUCCCUCUGUUCGUGUAGAAAUACAUCUUCCUAGAGACCAGUCUGGGGAGGUGGACUUCAAAGCACUGGUUUUACAGUUGAAGGAGACCUCCAGCUUACAGGAGCAAGCUGACAUCCUUUACAUGCUGUAUACUAUGAAAGGACCAGACUGGGACACUGAAUUAUAUGAUGAAGUGGGUACGACAGUCCGAGAGCUGCUUACUGAACUGUAUGGCAAAGUUGGAGAAAUUCGUCACUGGGGCCUGAUCCGAUACAUCUCGGGAAUCUUAAGAAAGAAGGUGGAAGCACUUGAUGAGGCCUGCACAGCUCUUCUCUCCCACCAGAAACAUUUGACAGUGGGACUCCCUCCAGAACCUCGAGAGAAGACCAUCUCUGCACCUCUGCCCUAUGAAGUGCUCACUCAGCUGAUAGAUGAAGCCAGUGAAGGGGACAUGAGCAUCUCAAUCCUUACACAGGAAAUAAUGGUAUAUCUAGCCAUGUAUAUGCGAACUCAGCCUGGUCUCUUUGCUGAAAUGUUUCGACUUCGAAUUGGUCUAAUCAUACAAGUUAUGGCAACAGAACUGGCCCACUCCCUUCGAUGCUCAGUUCGUCCCACCGAUUCAAAUGUUAGCCCUGCUAUUUCUAUCCACGAGAUUGGUGCUGUUGGGGCAACCAAAACAGAACGAACUGGGAUAAUGCAGUUAAAAAGUGAGAUAAAGCAGGUGGAAUUUCAUAGACUAUCUAUCUCAACUGAGAGUCAGUCCAGUGGUGGUCAUCCCUUGGGUAUAGAUUUGAUGUCACCGUCUUUUCUGUCACCUGGAACACCUGUGGCUUCAAGUAGUCGGUCCUUUCCUCGUGCAUAUGCUCAACAGACAUCUAAAGAUAAUCGUCAAGGUCAGUGGCAACGCCGAAGAAGGCUAGAUGGAGCACUGAACAGAGUCCCAGUUGGAUUUUAUCAAAAAGUAUGGAAAGUUUUACAGAAGUGUCACGGACUCUCUGUGGAAGGUUUUGUGCUUCCUUCUUCAACCACUAGAGAGAUGACUCCAGGCGAGAUUAAAUUCUCUGUUCAUGUGGAGUCUGUCCUGAAUCGCGUACCUCAGCCCGAGUACCGCCAGCUUCUGGUUGAAGCCAUCCUUGUCCUCACUAUGAUGGCAGAUAUUGAAAUUCAUAGCAUAGGAAGCAUCAUUGCCGUGGAAAAAAUAGUGCAUAUUGCUAAUGACUUGUUCCUUCAAGAACAGAAAACCCUCGGUGCAGAUGAUACCAUGUUGGCCAAGGAUCCCGCGUCUGGCAUCUGUACUCUUCUGUAUGACAGUGCACCCAGUGGCAGGUUUGGCACCAUGACCUACCUCUCCAAGGCAGCCGCCACCUACGUGCAGGAGUUCCUGCCCCACAGCAUCUGCGCCAUGCAGUGAGGCCUUUGGGCCCUGGCUGCUGGGAGCCUUUUGACAGCUCGUUCCUGCCUCGGUUGAUUGUGCAUGAGACUGAAACGUGUUGGCCUGAUCACUCCUCCCCUGCCCCUUUCCACCCCAUCCCACCCAAGAGGAGUGAACGUUUUCGACAAACUAAUUGCUUUAGAAGUGAACCCUGGCCUGGGGGAACAUGCUCCCCACCAGGCACUCCAUCGUAGGCCUUAAUUCUUUCAUAGUUCCUGAGAGUUUGCAUGUGUUUUUAUUCUCUAGGUCUGUUACAAAUGUAGUUUUCUAACUACUGUUUGGAGAGCAGGUAUUAAUAAUAACUUACUACUAAAGUUUGGUUUUUCUCAUGUGUA